ACAGUCUCCGCAACUGACUCAGGAUGACACACAUUCAAGAAUAGAACAUUAUGCCAACAGGUUGGCACAGAUGGAAAGAACGAAUGGCUCUCUGCUUACAGACAGUAGCUCAACCACAGGAAGUAUUGAUGAUGAGCAUAUACUGAUUCAACAGUACUGUCUGACACUGGGGAGAGAGUCGCCCGUAAGUCAGCCCCAGAGUCCUGUGCAGAUCCUCAAGUCGGUGGAGAAAGAGGAGCGGGGCGAAUUAGAAUGCAUCAUUGCCAAUCUUGAAGAGGAGCAAAGAAAUCUGCAGGCUGAAUAUGAAAGGUUAAAGCAGCAGCAAAGCCCGCGAGAUGUCAAACCCCUCCCAUCACCAUCCUUCUCAGCAACUCAGCAGAAUUACCAAGAUGCUGAGCUCCUGGCUGAGGCUAAGCUUCUACGACAACACAAAGGGCGACUUGAGGCCAGAAUGCAGAUAUUGGAGGACCAUAACAAACAACUGGAGUCACAGCUGUGUCGACUGCGAAAACUCCUGGAAGAGCCAUUAACAGAAUCAAAACUGAAUGGAGUUACUGCUGUUUCCCCAAGUGCAUCCUUUCAGCUUGCUGAAAAUGGUCAAGCCUUUAAUGAGGACUUCAACUCACAGACAGAUGACUUACUAAUUCCACCUGAGAACACAAGUACAGAUCUCACGGAUGUUAUGGAGCAAAUCAAUAGUUCUUUCCCAGUUUGCAGCCCAAAUUUUGCUACAAGGCAACAGGUCAUGAUGUAAUGAUACGUUCCAUGUGACAGACGUGAACAACGAGACAACCACUUGCUAUAAUGACCAACAGCAGUUUGAAUCAUAAGGAAAUUCAUUGAGACCUUCAAAGAAUGAUCAAUUCCACUAAACUGUCUCAGUGAAGGAGCUUAUCUCUGGAGACUCAACGACUCAUAGUUUUAACUAUUGUCUCUCCCUCUUUGCUGCUUUUACUAUGCAAAUGUAAAAUAAUGAAGUAUAAAAUGUUGGACUCUGAAAAAUGCGCCAGUAUUUGUAAAAAUAAACAGGCAGCAUUUGGGGAGGGGGAUAUUUUUCUUUCAUUCCAGGUAUGAGAGAAUUGUGAUGGGAGGCUUUGUGCAUUUUGAGAGAUAGUAAGAACUGCCGAUGCUGCAGUCAGAAAUAACACAGUGUGGAACUGGAGGAACACAGCAGGCCAGGCAGCAUCAGAGGAGCCAGAAAGUUGACGUUUCGGGUCGGGACCCUGGCCUGCUGUGUUCCUCCAGCUCCACACUGUGUUAUCUGUCUGCAUUUUAAAGUGUUUUUUUUAAAGUACUACUCCCUCAGAUGCCACCCUCUAGGAAAACAGAGCCUUACAGAUGGGGUUCUGAAUUUUGGCUUGUUUGCCUACGAACUUGGUGUAUUUUGAAGUUCUGCCAAAGUCUUGCAAAUAUGGUGGGGAGAUUUUUUUCUUCUAUAGUGUGAAUUGCUGUGCCCAAACAAAUUGUACGAAUAAGGGUAAUUAUUUUAAUGCAUUGAAACAAUGUAAAGCCAUGACCACCUUUCUACCUCAGACCCUCCUUUCUUCCAAAAUGGCUCUCCUGUUAUAUAAUUCCUGGCGUACAAAGCCUUCAUCUUCAUCAAACUAAAUAGCAUAAGGGGCCCAAUUAUUUGAUCAGUAGUGACUUGGUGGCAUCAUAAUACUUUUUUGUGCAUCUUUUAAUAAAUCAGUGAGGAUCAGCCCAACUUCAUACACAUUCAUUAACAACCCCCUCCCCUCCCUAAUGUCGUAGUUCCUGGCCAGUAGGCAGGCUGCACCACUACACUGUAAACUGUCUCAUCUUAUUUAGUUCAGUCAUUGAUUGACAUUAUAUUUUAACCUGUAAAGUGUGUUGCCUUCUUGGUAUACAGGCUAUAUCUUAAAUCCUGAUCACAUCUGAUACCACUACAUACGUCAUUCAAAAUAAAGUUUGUUUAUACAACACCGAAA